GGCGCCGGGAAGCGCACCUGCCUUCCGCCCCGCGGCGAACGGGUGUCGUGGGGUUGAAAUGGAGCUGUAGCUGCCGGCGGGGCAUAGGUUCCCCGAGAGCCGUGGAGUAAAGUUCCGCUUUAGACGCCUUUGAGGCAGCGGCGGCCGUGUGCGGCGGCGCGAAGGGCGGCUCCUUCUGUGGUUCCCGCCCUGGGGAGGGUCCAAGACUCACUUGCCGGCUCUCGCCCGGCUAAUGAGCGCCCAGGCCUUGAUGGGAGCGCAGGCUCUGGGAGUCCAAAAAAGUAAAGUGCAUCUGACCACCGCAGUCUCGUUUCCUUUCAGUGCGCAGCAAAAGGUAUUUUGCAGUGAGUAGGUGCCGUGCACAGAUAAAGGGUGUUUUGUAAGCCUGCUCCAACCACAGUGCCCGUGUCGCUUUCAGCCGGUGGGACUCACCCUCUGAGAGCUCAGUACAUUGCUUCAUCUUCAGUUUAUGACGAGCAGCGAAGAAGGAAAGCUGUUAGGGGCUCAGUGAGCCAGUAUCCUGAGCUGUAGUAUCUUGCUUUCUCUGCACAGCACAAAGCCAGCAAUGCCUGGAGUGGCCUGGAGGCCAAGCAGAUGUGGCAGUUCUGCAGCAGAAGCACCUGCCACAAAAGCAGAAGAGGAUUCCUUUCUCCAGUGGUUUCUGCUUCUCAUCCCCGUGACUGCCUUUGGCUUGGGGACAUGGCAGGUCCAGCGUCGGAAGUGGAAGCUGAACCUGAUUGCAGAGUUAGAGUCUCGAGUUCUGGCUGAGCCCAUCCCUCUGCCAGCAGACCCGGUGGAACUGAAGGCGCUGGAGUACAGGCCAGUGAAGGUGAGAGGACAUUUUGACCACUCCAAGGAGCUGUACAUGAUGCCCCGGACCAUGGUGGACCCUGCCCGGGAGGCCCAGGAGGCUGGCCGGAUCUCCUCCUCAGCUGAGAGCGGGGCCUAUGUCAUCACUCCUUUCCACUGCCCUGACCUGGGAAUCACAAUCCUGGUCAAUAGAGGGUUUGUUCCCAGGAAGAAAGUGAAUCCUGACACCAGAAGGAAAGGCCAGAUCGAGGGAGAAGUGGACCUCGUUGGGAUGGUGAGGCUGACAGAAACCAGGAAGCCCUUUGUCCCUGAGAACAAUCCAGAAAGGAACCACUGGUAUUUCCGAGACCUGGAGGCCAUGGCCAGGAUCACAGGCGCAGACCCCAUUUUCAUUGAUGCCAACUUCCAGAGCACAGUCCCUGGAGGACCCAUCGGAGGGCAGACUAGAGUCACAGUGAGGAAUGAGCACAUGCAGUACAUCAUUACCUGGUAUGGACUCUGUGCAGCCACCUCAUACCUGUGGUUUAAGAAAUUUCUACGUCGGACACCUGGUGCUUGAUGAGAUGACUUCAGACAGCCCUGUCC